AUCAGUUCCUCCAAUCCAGAAGGAGAAUUCUAAGUUUUUAACAAGAUCUACACAAGAUAAAAAUUACACAACUGUAAUUUGAUCAAAUACAAGCUAAGCAAACCAUCUACAAUUUAAUGAUCAGGUCGAUGAAUAGCAACAGAAAAAAGUUUGGCCGAAAACGCAUACCUUGACCGUUAAUUACACGUUAACACCGACUGGUCAAUCGAUGGGACGGCCGGAGACGAUCGGGCGAACAAUCGUUACAAUGAUUGUUGUAUAUGCUAAGGGUUUCUAGUCGAAGCAGGAGCAGAUCCUCAGGUCAUCUUCUCGAACAGCCCUGGAUAACACGUUCUCAGGUCGUCUUCUCCGGUAGAAGCGGUUCUCUGCUGAACUGGACAAAUGCGGUUUCAGAAGGGGAUUGGAAACCUUCUCACAAUUGAUUGUGCACCGUUUGAGCCAUAUACGGCAUGGACGAUUUCUCAGAAGUUGCACCCUUCGUUUAUUUCCCUGAAAAUUCAAAUACCAGUUUUUUAUCGAAUACUAGAAACUGGACCAGGACGUGUUACUCAGGAACCUACAGAUGAAUCUUUUCGAACAUGAUCUUUGUGAAUCGUUUCUGGCUUUCCUUCCCAUUUCAGAGAGAAAUCCUCUCUGCAAAACUGAAUUGUAGAGAUCUUUUCAUUCAUUUUAACAAUUGCAUUUCUGGGAUUCAGAGAACGGUUCGCACCAUCAACAGCUUCUUCGACAUUGAGAACCAUAGACCUCAGUUUUCCUUACAAGAGUGUGCUUCACUUUUGCAGCGUUUCAGUGAUCUGAGAGAUGUUAACAAUGGAAAGUCACUUCAUUCAAUCCUCAUCAAAAGCGGGCUACAUCGAGAUGUCUUUGUACAGAACAACAUUCUCCGUUUUUAUGCUGCUUGUGAGGAGCUGAUGAAUGCUCGUCUACUGUUUGACGAGAUGCCAGAACCAAAUUUGAUUUCUUGGACAAGCAUGAUCUCAGCCUAUGUACAAUACGGUUACAACGACCUUGGUUUGCAGUUGUUUUCUCUUAUGUGUCGUUCAGGGUUGUGGCCCAACGAGUUUGGGUACUCAGUGGCACUCAAGGCAUGUGGAGUUACAGGCAAUUUGCUGAUGGGAAAAGUUCUUCAUGGUCAAACACUGAAAUCUGGCUUUGAACUGUGCUUCUUUUGUAAUAGCUCUAUUUUCAAUAUGUAUGUAAAAUCUUGGGAAGUGGAUGAUGCCCGUAAGCUCUUCAAUGAAAUCCCGCUGAAUGAAAGAUCCGAGGCCUUGUGGAAUACAUUGCUUGAUAGUUGUGUUCAGGUAUCAAAGGCUAAGGAAGCCAUUAAUUUUUUUCAUCAGAUGCUGCAUUUUAAUGUAUCACCGACAUGUUAUACUUAUGCUAUUCUUAUUAAAUCAUGCACAGACUUGUGGAAUUUCCACCUGGUUAAGUCUUUUCAUGGCCGUACUGUUAUGGUAGGCUUGGAUAACCAUAGUUUUGUUGGUGGAGCCCUUGUCGACACCUAUUCCAAGUUGGGAUUCCUGGAGGAUGCCUACAAAGUGUUCCAGGAAUUAGAAGAGAAGGACAAUGUGGUCUGGAGUUCUUUGCUGGCCGGUUUCCAUCAGAGUGGGGUUGCUGAACAAGGCCUGCAAUUGUUUGGCCAAUUUGUCUCGGAAGGCCAUAAGUUGGACCCUUUUAUCUUUGCUAAUGCAUUUAGUCUGUGUUCAAGUAUAGAGGUUACGGCAGUUGGUUCACAAGUGCAUUGCAGUUUUAUCAAGUCUGGCUUUGCAUUGGAUUCUUUUAUCGGGAGUUCCCUCAUCAAUAUGUAUGUUGGUACAGGGAUGGUUUGUCAUGCUUACAAAUGUUUUCUUGAGGUCAGGCAUAAGAAUGAGAUAUGCUUCAAUGCCAUGAUUGCAGGUCUAACCUUUCAUUCAGAAGAUGGAAAAGCUCUAGAACUGUUCUGUAAGAUGAGGGAGCUAGGACUGAUACCAGGUCAUUCCACAAUUAGUUAUGUUCUCAGAGCCUGUGCUAAUCUGCAUAAGUUGGAAGAAGGCAGAGCUCUCCAUUCUCUUAUUGUUAAAACACUUGUUGAUUCCGACUCUAAUUUUGGCACUGGGAAUGCUCUUAUUGAGUUGUAUGCUAAACGUGGAGUUGUUGAAGAAGCAAUCAUGGUGUUUAAAGAGAUGGAUGUGCCAAAUGAGUUCUGCUGGACAACUAUUAUAUCCAGUUACACUGAAUCAGAGAGGUGGGAGGAAGCAUUAUUCUUAUUUCUUGAUAUGAUCUGCUCUUCAAAGUUUAUAAAACCAAGUCAAUUCACCUUGGUAGUUGUUCUUCAGGCUUGCACAAGACUCCCAGCACUGAACCAAGGGAAGCAGAUCCAUGGUUACAUCAUAAAAGCAGGAUUCGAGUUGCAUUCCUUUGUUGGAAGUGCUUUGAUCAGCAUGUAUGGGAUGAGUCCAAUCAAGAGCGAUAUCUAUGAUGCUUCUCGAGUAUUCUCUUCCAUGACAGAACGAGAUAUUGUUUCCUGGAGUGCCAUUAUCACAGCAUGGGAGCAACAUGGAUAUGGUGAGGAAGCAUUAAAGCUUUUCAUAGAAUUCCAACACACAUCUAUCCCUGUUGAUGAAUCUGUCCUCUCAAGCUGCCUUGCAGCUUGUGCUAGCUUAGUAGCAUUGGAGAGCGGCAAGUGGAUCCAUUCUUGUAUAAUCAAAACCGGAUUUGAAUCCAAUUUACAUGUUGGAUCUUCUAUCAUUGAUAUGUACUGCAAGUGUGGAAGCAUUCUGGAUGCAGUCAAGUUCUUUGAUGGGAUGGAAAGACACAAUACUGUUUCUUGGACAGCAAUGAUAACUGGAUAUGCCCACCAUGGAUUUGGGAAGGAGGCUAUUGAGCUGUUCAAUGGAAUGAAAGAAGCUGGGUUGGAACCUGAUGGGGUCACUUUCAUUGGGGUUCUUACUGCAUGCAGCCAUGUUGGCCUUGUCAAAGAAGGUUGGCAAUACUUUGAGUCCAUGAGAAAUAACUAUGGGUUGGACAUUACCAUAAACCAUUACGCCUGCAUGGUUGACCUCCUUGGCCGAGCUGGUCAGGUGGAUGAGGCAGAGGCUUUAAUAAAAACAACGCCUUUUCAGUCAAAGACCCCACUGUGGAAGACACUGUUAGGUGCCUGCAAUAAGCAUGGAAAUGUACAAGUAGGAAACAGAAUAGCCAAAAUUCUGGUAGAGUUGGAACUGGAUGAACCUUCAACUUAUGUUCUACUCUCAAACAUGUAUGCAUCAGCCUCCAUGUGGGAUCAUUCAAUUGAGCUAAGAGACAGAAUGAAGGGAGAACACAUUAACAAGGAUCCUGGAUGUAGUUGGGUCCAAGUGGCAACUUAAAGUUUUGGAGGUUUAUUUAUUAAUUUUGUACAUUAAAUACAUCAAAGAUCUCUUAUUGAUGGCUUGGUGCUCUCCUUUUCCCGUGUAAGAGGUACCACUUAGGUAAGCGGUGGUCAAACCUCUGAAGGUCCGAAAGAUGGUUGUGGAGGUAUGUUGGUUGCAGAGAGAGAGAGAGAGAGAGAGAGAGAGAAUCUGAGACUCUGAGUCUCCUCUAGUUCUCUUUGUUAAGUGGUGUAUAUGAGUCUUGGGUCCCCAUUUGGGCAUAGGGCCCUUAUUUAUACUAUUUCCCUUUAUUAUUUCUUUAACCAUUAUUUUAGAAUGUUCUAGCAAGUUGGUGCAAAUGGCUCUAAUCAAAUGGACCUUAAGUUGUACCGGUCCGGUUUGGUUUGAGAUUAUACUGGUCCAACUGGGUUUAUGAUCUUGUAUAAGUCCAUGGUCUUACACCUUAUUGGCUCAGCUUCAAAAACCAUCCCAGCCCUUCUACCACUGAGCCUAACAUGGACACUUAAGAGACCAUUCAGGUGGUACCUUCCAGCUUUGCAAGGUAACGGUGGGAUCGAUCUCGAUCUGUUAAAGUCCUAAAGCUAAGAUCGAUCCAAAGAGCUCAAAACCAAGGUUGACCACCAAUAUCAUCCCUAUAAGCAUUAAAAGAACGCAGUAUCCAUUAAGGAAUAAUUUUGUUGUCCAUUCGAGGCUCCCAAGUUCU